AUGAACAAUCUAACGCUUUAUUUCCGUUAAUUAAGUAUAGUAACUCAUGCUAUAUGAGGCAUGUCAUACUUUUUUCGGUUAAAUAAUUGUGUGAAAUAAAAUAGUACGAUGCCGGGUAGGAUUGAGUAAGAAGCAGUAAAUGUGGACUGACUGACGCGGUUCUCCGCUAGCGCUGUUUCACGCUGGCGUUUUAAUCGCUUUCAGCGGUUAGCAACGGCGGUGGUAAUGUUCAAUAUCUCUAUUAAUUUGCGAUAAGAGGGAUUAAACUUUAUCUCCGGGUGUCAAAUUACCCUUUGGAAUCUGCUGAAAAAGAUAGAAAGCUGCAUAGUUCUUUAGUCGGUACAAAUUUAAAAGAGGUACUCGUAACUGUGAACGACUAUAGAGAGAAUCAGCAUUUCUUCACCGAGUACAAGGUUGAUUCACCGACGAGAUGGGGUAUUUGAAAUCCUUGGGGACAGGUUUCGUGUAUAUCAUCACAUUCCUUGCUGCAGUUACAUUUAUACCCGGGCUUCCUCCAGAUGUUGAAUUCUCCGAGUACAGCAUAGUAAAGCCAAAAGACCUUCCCAAUCAUUUAGCAUCGAAUGAUAGAUUAAAUGAUGCUGAAAUAUUGUUUACUGGCAAAUUAAAGGGUGCGGAAGCAUUUGAUUCUUAUGGCGAUGAACUUUAUAGUGGAAUAUAUGGUGGCCAUGUAAUUAAAUUUGACAGAAACAGAUUUGAUCCUGUUACUAAGUUUGGUAAAGCUUGCGAGGAUUUUUGGGAACUGAUAAAAUGUGGACGACCUCUGGGUUUAAAAUUUGAUAAGCAUGGAGCACUAUAUGUUGCCGAUGCUUAUUAUGGAAUAUUUAAAGUUGAUGUCAGAACUGGCAAAUAUGAGAAAAUUGUAGAUCCAAACGUUCCUAUUAAAGGAAAAGUACCAAGAAUAUUCAAUUAUGUUGAUGUGGCAAGUAAUGGAGAUUUAUAUUGGUCAGAUUCAUCUAGUGACUUUUCUUUACACGAUGGCUUUUACUCAAUGUUUACAGCUCCAUCUGGCAGAUUGAUUCGUUACAAUGCAGCAACUAAGAAAAAUGAGGUGCUUAUUGAAAAUCUUUUAUUUGCAAAUGGCGUCAAGUUAAGUCACGAUGAGAGCUUUGUCAUCGUAGCAGAGACAUUUCGAUCUCGCAUCAUGAAGUAUAAUAUCAAAGGACCAAAAACAGGGCAGCGAGAGGUAUUUGCAGAGGGAUUACCAGGAUUACCUGACAAUAUACAUUCUGAUGGAGGCAAGGGCUUCUUAGUUGCUUUAGUAUCUACUGCAGAUACUGAGCAUCCACAAAUAGUUCAAUCAUUGACGCCUCAUCCAUAUAUUCGGAAACUGAUUACGAGAUUAGUUACAUUAGCAGAAGCACCGUUUAAGUUGCUUGAAGAUGUUUACCCAAAUUACUAUUCACGACGAAUUGUUUACAUGAUAGGUUCAUUUGAACCUUUAAAUGGUCUGUUUGGUAAAAAAGUUACUGUAUUGCGACUUGAUGAAACUGGAAAAAUAAUUGAUGCUUUGCACAGUACGGAUGGUAAAAUUUCUACAAUCAGUUCAGCUUUUAUCCAUAAAGGCUAUUUAUGGCUGGGAUCACCACACAAUGAAUUUAUUGCUAGAGUUCCAUUGAAACAAGCUUUUCCUGAUUUAAGCAUUGAAAAGGAACAAAUUCAUAAAACACAAGAUCAGCCAAUUUGGGUAUCAACUAUAUCAACAGAACCACCGACCAAAGCAACUCCCAAACCACCAAGUGCAGCUUCUAAGGCAGUACCUACGACUCCAAAACCAAGCCAAUCGACUACCACUACAACUAGCAAACCAACUAAAUCUGACAAGGCAACUACUACUAGCAAGCCAACUACAUCUAACAAAGUAACUACAACUAGCAAACCAACUUCUACAACUAAUAAGCCUUCUACAAAUUCUGCCAAAGUACCUGAAUCCGAUAAUGAUUCAAACUCAAAAAUGAGAAAAGACACGAAGGCGUCUAUUGGUAAACAAAAUGACAAAUCGAACAAGCAAAAGGAUGAAAAAGAUGCACGUUCAGAAACUGUAUCAUCAAAAACAGGUUCGGGAAAAAGUCAAAAUAGCAAACAAGAGAAUGCUGCAAGUGCGGGAAAAGAUUCAAAAAACCGACCUGUUCAGUCGAAUGAACUGAAGUGAAGUAAAUCGACAGAAGGGUGAUUCACAUAUAUGAAAAAUAUAUUCCAAUUUCAAGAUACAGGAACGUACAGUUUCAAUGACAGUGUGACAAUAUCUCUCACAAAGGACUUUAGUCUUAAUACAAAACAUUCCAUGAUUAUUAUUCCAAGGAAUUUCACAUGCAGAUGUACUGUGGAAUUAAAAUCUUCAUAUACUUUAUUUUGAAUUAUUUUUGAGUUUUUGUGAAUGUCGACUGGUAAGUGAAUCUCCUACAGGUGCGCUUCUUAUAACAGCCAGAACAUGAAUAACCCGUCAUUUAAACUCGUAAAUAAUACUGUUAUGGACUAGGAAGUCCUAAAAAAUAUCUACUCUUUUAGUCAUUGUGAUCUGUACCUGUAAAUAGGGUUAAAAGUAAUAUUGGUUGUGUAAUCUUUUUCUAUGCGAAGUAAAUAUAAAUAUAUUUACAUAUCCUGUA